AUGACUGUUGGCGACUUUCCUCUCAAUAAUAAGAUAGUGGUGGUCACUGGUGGUGGCUCAGGACUUAGCUUCAACUUUGCCCAACUGGCUGUGGCACAGAACAACAAAGUAAUCAUUGCUGACUUACGCUUAACACCAGAAGCUGGAGAUUUUGUCAAAAAACACGAGCUAUCAAAGACCGUCAUCUUCACAAAAUGCAAUGUUGCUGUGUGGAAAGAGAUGCAGAAUUUGAUCACGAUGUCAGAGGAGGAGUUUGGUGAUGUGCCCGACGUCUACGUUGCCGGAGCGGGUAUUUUCGAAAAGCCCGAAAUAUCCUUCUUUGAAGACCAAGAGGAGGAUCACUAUUCCCUCAUGGAUGUAAAUGCUUCGCAUCCGAUCAAAUUGACUCGCAUUGGCAUGAAGGCUAGCAUCCCACGCAACAAAAAGAUGGUCAUGUGCAUUGUUGCCUCUAUGGCAGGCCUCUAUCCAUUGUACCCAAGCCCCGUCUACAAUGCCUCCAAGCAUGCCGUUGUGGGCUUUGUGAAAUGCAUGAAGCCCGCUGACAUCGAGGAGAAUAUUAAGAUUGUGGCUGUCUGCCCUGGGCUCGUGGCCACUCCCUUGUGGACUGAUGAUAUUAAGCCGCAGUGGUCAUAUGAUCAGUCCCAAGCGCUGUCCGGAAUGGAAGUUGCGGAGACAAUUAUGGAGUUGGUUCAGGAGGGUAAGUAUGAAGGUGGAACUGUCAUGACUCACACUCCGUAUGCUGGAAAAAAACCAGAGGAAUUUGUGGAUAUUGAAGCACUAUUUGCACCGCUCAGGGAGGCUAGCUAUGCGCCGGUUCGUGCGUGCUUGAAAAAAGAGAGAGGUACUCAUGCAAAUGGUACACCAAGCACAAAUGGUCCUGCAUAA